AUGGUUGCCACUACUACUGCGACACCACAAAUCAUCAAAAGCCACGACACCCCCAACGGUGGCAAUGAAGUUAGCCGGAAAGAGAUUCAAGCGGCCAUUGCAAAAGUUGUGGAGCUCAGAGGUCUUCAUGCUACUCUGAUUCAGGGUAAUGGCCCUGCCAAUUUCAGGUUUCCCACUUCCUACCCUCCUUCCCACCGUGCGUUUUCUGCCCAAGAUUACCCAAUUUUUACACCAAUCUUCAUUUCAAACCCAAAUGGUGGAGUAGCUUCUGAUAAAGACGAGAUCGAGUAUGUCCGUCAGAAACCUCUUGACCGAUGA